CGUCGCUUUGAUGUGACAUCACGACUCCGUCUUCACGUGGACUGUACAUAUGGGUCUCACUAUGGCGCAGACUAGAUACUCAUGCAUUCUCUUCUUUCUCUUUGCCCUCAUUGCGCAAGCAGUCAAAUCCGAUAAAAUGGCCCUGGAUAAGACGCAGCCCAAGCCUGCAACCCAUUUCAUCAUUGAUCAUCAGAAGCAGAUCCGACAGAGUCUGCCCUUCAAUGACACCCGUGAUUUCAUCAAUGCGAGAAGGGGGUUUAAGGGCCGCCUCAAUCCCAACAUUAUCAAGAAUGAUAACGAUGAGGUUGUGUGGAAUAAUGAUGCCUACAACUUCCUCGGGGAAGACGCACCCGACACAGCUAAUCCAAGUCUGUGGCGCCAGUCGCAGCUUACCCGCCUGGACGGACUCUACCUGAUCACUGAGGGUAUCUACCAGGUACGCGGGCUCGACCUCUCGCAUACAACAUUUGUAGAGGGUGACAAGGGUGUUAUCGUCAUUGACCCCUUAACUUCGGAGGAGAGUGGAGCGGCUGCACUUGCACUCUACCGGCAACAUCGUGGCACUGAAAGGGACAUCAAGGCCAUCAUAUACACGCACCCGCAUGUGGACCAUUUUGGUGGUGUCAAAGGUUUUGUCACGGACGAAGAUAUCAAGGAAAAGGGCAUCAAGAUCCUUGCGCCCCAGGGCUUUCUCGAGCAUGCUGUAUCCGAGAAUGUCUUUGCUGGAACUGCCAUGAGCCGACGCGCUGCGUACAUGUACGGUGCUGCUCUCAGCCGGGGACCAAGAGGUCAGAUCGGCACUGGGCUUGGACAAACUGUCACCACUGGGACUAUCACACUGAUCGCGCCUACCGAGGAGAUUACUCACACUGGCGAGAAGCGAACGAUUGACGGUGUCGAUAUGGUGUUUCAGAUGGCACCGGGUACUGAGGCCCCUGCUGAGAUGCUCAUCUACUUUCCCAAGCUCAAAGCACUAUGUGCUGCCGAGGAUGCAACUCACACAUUCCACAAUAUCCUGACACUGCGUGGAGCCGUGGUUCGCGACUCACAUAGCUGGGCCAAGUACUUGACUGAGACUAUAGACAUGUUUGGUGGUCAAGCCGAGGUCGUCUUCGCAUCUCACCACUGGCCUACUUGGGGUGUUGAGGAAGUCGUGGAGUUCCUUACCUCCCAGCGCGACCUGUAUGCUUACGUGCACGACCAGACACUCCGCCUACUGAACAAGGGUUAUAACGGACCUGAGAUUGCUGAGACGAUGGCCUUACCCCCGUCGCUGGAUAAAACCUGGAGUUCCCGUGGCUACUAUGGUUCCAUCAGCCAUAACGUCAAGGCUAUAUACCAGCGCUAUAUGGGCUGGUUCGACGGCAACCCAGCCCAUUUAUGGGAGCACACGCCUGCAGAGAGGGCCAAGCGCUAUGUCGAACUCGCGGGUGGGAUGGACCAGAUGAUUGUAACGGGGCGCAAAGCAUUCGAAGCCGGCGACUUCCGCUGGGCAGCUGAAGUCCUAAACCACGCCGUCUUUGCCAACCCUCAAAACACAGACGCUCGAGCCCUUCUAGCGGACGUCUACGAGCAGCUAGGAUACGGUUCAGAGAACGGUCCCUGGAGAAACUUUUUCUUAUCAGGAAGGACAGAACUGCGUGCUGGGAAUUUCGGAACUCCUACGCAGACAGCCUCAACUGAUAUGGUGGCGCAGCUCACACCUGAGAUGCUUUUCAACGCUCUCGCCGUUAAAAUCAAUGGCCCAAAAGCUUGGGACAAGAAGCUGGCCAUCGACGUUAUGGUCGCCGACAUGGGAGUCACCUAUCAUCUGUGGCUGUCGAACGGCGCGCUCAUUUACAGCACAGUUCCACAAUUGACCGAGGCUGAUGUGACGCUCACCGGGACCGCCAAACAAAUGACUAUACUUGCAGUGGCUGGGCCUGAUUCUGAAGCUCUGGAGAAGGCCGGUGUCAAGAUCGACGGCGACAAGUCUGCACUUGACACCCUUUUAUGCUUGCUCGACCCGGGCGACCCGAGUUUUAAUAUUGUUGCGCCAUAAAGAAUGCUGUGAGUGAAGCUCGCUCGAAGAGACAUCGAUCUAUUUGCAUGCAGUAGUCGAACCUGCUGCAAUUUCGAUGUUUAUUUUGAGAGAUUCCGUAGCAUAUUGAGUGGUCUGGGGGUGG